AUGCCGCUACAAAUUGUUAUUGUUGGUGCUGGAAUUCUUGGCCUAACGACUGCCCUUACAUUGAGUGAAAAAUUGACAGACGAGCAUGAGAUUUACGUUAUUGCAGAGUAUGGCCCCCAUGAUCCAAGAUUAAACACAACAAUGUCCAAUUUCCACGAAUAUACGUCACCUUGGGCUGGAGCCCACUUCCGGCCAUUCCCUAGUGCUAAUGAGCAAGACAAGAAAGAAAUGAAGAUGACGAGGGAUACAUUGAGGUAUUUCACUGAACUUGCAGCUUCCCACCCGGAAAGCUCAAUCAAAUUUGUUGAUGGCAUAGAGUAUUUGCAAAAUGCAAACGAUUUGUACAAGACAGUGUCGUAUGGGUACAGUGAAGGGAUAAACAACUUUGCAAAGACUGGCCAAGAAGGGUUUGUGGGAUUCAAGUACGAUACCUGGGUGCUCAACCCCAUCUUGUACUUGCAAUUCAUAUACCGCAAAUUGGUUGUCAGCGAUGUAAUGUUUAUACACAAGAAAUUAAACAGUUUGCGAGAGAUUUCCACCAUGUUUAAAUCACCUGUCAUUAUCAAUUGCUCAGGAAUGGGGCUACAAUACAAUGGCGGUUACGAUACUCAAUGCUUCCCUAUUCGUGGCCAAACUUUAUUGGUUAAACCGCCACGAUCAUUCAAAUUGGAUACAACAAUUACUUAUCAGUUGGAAGACGGGUCUUGGGUCUUCAUCAUUGCAAGACCUUUCAAUGGUGGCGUGAUCCUUGGAGGAACCAAGCAGUUGAACGAUACCUACCUUGGUGUCCGCGAAGAAGACACAAGGCAUUUGCUCAAUUUGGGAAGGAGAUAUUUCCCUGAUUUACAAAAAUCUGAUGUACUUACUGGUAAAUCCUACUUUGAUAUCGAAAGAAUCAAUGUUGGUUUGCGUCCUGCAAGAGUUGGUGGGUUGAACACAUCAGUCGAGUUUCACGAUGGACACCCAGUGAUCAACAACUAUGGUGCCGGUGGCAUGGGCUAUGAGUUAAGCUACGGUGCUAGUUUACAAGUGUAUAAAAACUUGGUCUCUGUAUUGAAUAAAUCUAAGCUCUAG